GCCCCUCCGUCUAUUGCGACCCACUUACGCCCUGGGCACGGGAACCCUCAGAACCUUCAACCAGACGCAUACUGCAGGCACGCAUCAAUGGUGGAUGAUUCUGCGGAGUUCCAACGUAUCGUACGCGAUCGUUACCGAAACGGCGAAGACCUGGAGGAGGAUGUGAAGAAGUUUCAACUGGCGACCGCGACAUCCUUUUAUAAAUCAUCGGUUGUGACACGGACACAGUACGAGCGAAGGUACGGGAAGGAGCUACCGGAGGGGUUCGCUUUCCAAUAUGUACAGUUUCGUUGCGUUCAUAGCACACGAAAGAGUGUCCGCGGAAAGCGAUACCGAGAUUAUGAUUGCAGGGCAAGGUUUUCCUUCAUGUUGAAGGACUUUUGGUACCAACGAGGGGAGUUCAACUUAGUGCACAGUCAUGAAUUCGAUGUGGGUAAUCCUUGGUUGUAUGCUGGCAACAGGCGGUUGACAAAGGCCGAAGAGAUCCAAGUUUGUGACCUCAUGGACACGUUUAAUAAUACCCAAAUGGUGCGUCAGUAUGUUGCCAGCCAGUAUGGUCGACACCUUAACCGUUCAGAUUUGUGGUCAAUAAAACGGCGUCACAUGAACCGGAGAUCAGAGGACGUUUUAGAAGAAACUACUUUGCCUGAGCAAAAUGAUAUAUGUCGACCUUCUGUGCCAAAACCAACUGUCGCGGACUUCCCUGUCGACGUGCCAGAUGUUGAAAAUGUGACGGUGGGAGAAAAGGAUAAUGUGCACCACUUAGCUCUGACCGACCGAGCCAUCAAGUUACAUACUGCAGAGCAGGUGAUGGCAGAAGUAACCACGCGACUGUGCAACUUGGAAGGCGCAAUGUAUCAACAGCUGCUGCAGUCAUUCAAACUACUGGGCGAGUUAAUGUCGGCGGAAACCGAAGUAAAUCUUUACUGCAAAACCCGUCACAGUGCAGAGCCGCUUCCUCUUAACAACACUAGUGAUUUACUACGGUUGCAGGGAAAGUCGCCACAGACGUUGGUGCCGCGUGUGAAGACGCAGGACGGAGUUUUGCUGCCGAGCAGUAGCAAGAACAACGCUAUGGAAAACGGAGGUGACAACACAGGUUUGUGCAUUCUCAAACCCGACGACGAAGUGUGGCCAAAAAACCCUGAACCAGUAAGUAAAAGAAAAGCUCCACUUGUACAACGUGUCACCGAUAUUCCGGCUAGUACUGCUCCUGCUGGAAUCAGAUUUUUGCGUCUGAAGAACGCAACCUCAACUAAGGAUCGAGGGGGCACUCAUAGUAAGCGAAGAGUAGCCACUCAUUCGGCUGCUUUGCAAAAUGGUGUAUGCAGAGCCUGUUCUCAGGCUGACGAUCCGAUGCAACAAUGUGCGGCGGUCAGUUGGGUGCUGUGCGAUGUUUGUGGCUCUUGGUUCCAUCAGAGCUGUGCCGGUUUCCAAGGGAAAGAACCCUUCACAUGUGCAUUUUGCAAUACUUAACGAUAUAUCAGGAAUGACGGUUUUAAGGGCUGUCAAUCCAUAGCAAAAGUUUAUUGUGUUUUACAGGUAUCGGGAUCAACUUUGCAUUGGUCACUUGCCUUUUCCGUGUAUUUACCACAAGCCUCGUCAGCAGCACAUCAUGCGCUAGCAAGCCCGCGAAGAUUUGCGCCGGACGUGUGCACAUUGAUUUUUUGUAUGGUCAACCGGUUUGGCGUUUCCAACUUUUACCUUAACACAAUCAUUGCCAUUUGGGGUACCUUUCCAAGUGAGGUACACAGUGUACUCAGCGUUGUAGUCAUGUGAUUAAGUGCAGCGUACAUGACACGCGCAUUCAUUUUUUUACGUUUUAUUCAGAGCAACUGCUUAAUGCAAUGUAAAUAAGAAACAUGUGUUUGACAAAGGUGAACAAAGAAGCGUUUGUUGAUGAGGCACAUUCGAUUUGUACUUUCACUUAUCACUUUAAAUGUGAAUAAAUGAGUUUAUCUUAA